AUGGCGUCGUCAGAUCCGAAAGGAGCUCUGUUAAAUACCCAGACGGAAAAGCCAAAUCAUUACACAUACUUGAAAGAAUUUCGUGUCGAACAGUGUCCGUCGUUUUUGCAGCACAAAUGCAACCAACAUCGACCAUUCGUGUGCUUCAAUUGGCACUUUAUGAAUCAGCGACGCCGUCGGCCUGUUCGCAGACGGGAUGGCUCUUUCAAUUACAGCGCGGAUAAUUAUUGCACCAAAUAUGAUGAAACCACCGGAAUCUGCCCGGACGGAGAUGACUGUCCAUUCUUGCACCGCACUGCCGGCGACACCGAGCGGCGCUACCAUUUGCGCUACUACAAAACAUGCAUGUGCGUUCACGAUACGGAUGCGCGCGGAUUUUGCGUAAAGAAUGGCCACCACUGCGCAUUUGCUCACGGAAUUCACGAUCAGCGCCCGCCGGUGUAUGACAUCAAAGAGCUGGAGGCUCUUCAGGCGGCCGAAGCCAGCGGAGAAUGCUUGAACGGGCCGAACGUGCUGGAUAAGGAACGCAAUCUGAUGAACGAAGAUCCCAAAUGGCAGGAUACUAACUAUGUACUGGCAAACUAUAAAACAGAGCCGUGCAAACGGCCUCCGCGUCUGUGCCGCCAGGGAUAUGCUUGCCCACAGUAUCACAACAGCAAGGACAAAAGACGCAGUCCAAGAAAGUAUAAGUACAGAUCAACACCUUGUCCGAAUGUUAAACAUGGUGAGGAAUGGGGCGAACCGGCCAAUUGUGAAGCCGGUGACAAUUGUCAGUACUGUCAUACUCGCACAGAGCAACAGUUUCAUCCGGAGAUCUAUAAGUCAACUAAGUGUAACGAUGUUCAGCAAGCUGGUUACUGCCCGCGAUCUGUGUUUUGCGCAUUUGCUCACGUUGAACCUUACGUGCUGACAGAAGAUUUAGGCCGCGAUCUGGACAGUCAGGCACUCGCCCUCAGUGACAUGAUAUCGUCAGUUUUACCGCCGGACAGCGGCGGAGGAGGGGGAGGAGGGCUUGGCUGUCCGCUUAGCAAGAAGGACAAGCACGAGCUAGCGGUGAGUGUACUAAGCUAUCUCGACGGAGCACGGCAGGAGAAUCUACCGUUUGAACUUGAACCGCAGAAUUUUCACUCGUUCUUCCAGUUGCUGCAGAAUGGUAGCGCCGAAAGCAGUGAAUCGGCGAGUACCAGCAGCCUCGGCUCUAAUCAUAGCUCCCACAACAAAGCACCUGGUUCACAGCUACAACAAAAGCAUAGUAAUAGUCUCCUAGGCGUUGCCGCCAACUGCAAUGGUAGCACUCAUAGUCAAGUCAACAACAGUAUCGGUAGUUUACAAUCAACGCUAUUCAACAACGGCGGUACCGCUGCUAGCUCACUUCUAUCCAACAAUUUUCCGGAGUUUUCGCCGGAGCUUCGGGCACAGCUAUUGGCAAUUGACAACGAUCUCACAAUGGGCCCGCUAGAAAAGGAACAACGGAAACGCAUGUGUUUGACAUUCAAUUUUAGAAAUAUUGCAUCUUCCUUAGAUGGUGGUGUAUAUGACUUAGCGCGACGUGAUAACAUUCAUGGAUUAGAUAAUUCAAUUUCAGCUGGAAUAGCUUCCUCCGGCUUAUUGGCGAGUAGUUCAGCACCGGUCAACAUUCCGGGUUCUCCCAUGGGAAACUCCAUUUCCGGACUGCUUCAGGGCACCUCUGCACCGGUCAACAUUCCCGGCAGCUCACUUAGCAACAAUUUCAGUCCAUCGUCGCACUCAAACUUGUUCGGCAUCAACGAUGCUAUGUUCGGGAGUAACGCCACGCAUCACAUAGGCAGCAGCUCGGCACCGAAGCUUGCCAACUCGUUUGGCCAUAGCGGAACCGAUAGUCUAUUUUUUCAAUCGCACAUUAUCUCGCCAGUUCUCACCGGAGGUGACGGCGGUCUUUCUGCUAGUCCAGAACUUAGCCGAAUAUCAGAACUCAAUUCGCUGAACAAUGAACUUAGCAACAAUAAUUCAAAUCUCCUAUUCGAUAAUCAUAUGCAACAAGCGGCCGCGGCCGCCCAGCAGCAGCAACAGCAGCACCAGCAGCAGCAACAGCAACAACAUCACGCAGCGGCCGCCGCAGUGAUGGCAGCAGCGGCAGCGAAGAGCUCCAAUUCUAGCCACUCGUACUCAAUGUCGCCACUGGUGGCGUCCGAUAUGGGCCGACUGCGGGAUGAGCUGGCCAACAAGAAUGCACAAAUGAUCAACUGGGAGGAGCAGGUCAUGCAGGCGACCAAUGCGUGCGAAGCGUGGAAAGCUCAAAUGGAGGAAAGCAAUCGCAAGACCGUGAUAGCCGAGCAGCAACGUGACGAAGCUUUGUCACACGUAAAGGCACUCAAGGAAAAGCUAGAACAAUUGAAUAUCGGCGGAAACAGCACGACCAACUUCCGCGCCACUGAGCUCAGGGGUAUGCCCCUUCAAAAGUUGAAAAAUAUUCAAGCCAAAUUGCGCGCCGAAAUCGAGGAGGUCGAGAAAGUGUUGUACCUCGAAACGGCCACCAAGUGUAUGAAAUGCGAGGAGAACAAUCGCUCGGUAACGUUGGUACCCUGCAACCACUACGUGCUGUGCGACUCUUGUGCAGCGACGCAGCGCGAAUGUCCCUACUGUCAAACGCCGGUUACGUCGCAGGCGUAAAAUCCGACGCACGUAUCAAUCAACAACCGCUGGAACACAAUCGCACCUCGAUAGUUACAAAAUACAACAAACAAUGCCACACAGACACACAUACGCGCGACGCUUUUAUGCUUCUACACACCCAUACUCUCCCACGCAGCAGCCGCUGGUGCUGCUGUGCGGAGACAAACAAAUCUACCUGCCUACUAUUACUGCAAAACGCUAGUACUACUACGCCGACAGAGUGACUGGGUCAGCAAAUCAGCGCGCCAUCUGUAUUUUUAGUUUGAUUAAGUGAGGCAGAUGAUUCCUCGAUUCGAUUACACUUUUGAUGACUACCUACUUUGUUUAUGUAAUUUGGUAUUUGUGCGUGCAUUCGUGACAAAAAGUGAUAUUUAUAAUAUGCAAGUGACAGCUAAAAAUUUCAAACAACACUGAAAAAUCAAAGUGAAGAAAGUUCACUAUAAACAUACAACAUGGAAGAACACGCAACUGAUGCAAAUAUGCCGUAAUAACGAAACUAGAAAGCAAGCACGUUAAUUACUUUUUUGUAUUUUUAGUGUAAACUAAUUAUUAGAAACAUACAAUUCUAUGCAAAUGAUUCCGUUAGCAUUCGAAUGACGACCAGGUCUCUACAUGGCUGGGCUAGCUGUUCAGGACACAGUAAUACAAUAUUUUAGAGCGAAGGCAGCACGUUCAGGCACAGGGACAAUGAUUUUCCUUUAUUCUAAGAACAAAAGGAAACUAGAUUUAUAUUUAUAUUGAUCGCUUAUAUUGAUUUAUUAGCUUUUUUUCGUAGGAAACAAUCUGUUUUGUACAAUGCGAAAUAGCCUCAUUCGAAAAUAGCUUCCAGAGAGGAAGCUAGACGCAAGACUCUUCGCGGUUUAAAUGCAUUUUUUUACUUUUGAUUGUAGACAAGAGGCUACAAUCUCGUACAGGAUAGGUGAGUUAGAAAAGUGAAUGUGAAAAAACGUGGUGUAUAUUCAAAUUUGAAGAUAUUUAUAAUUUAUUUUUGCGAUGUAAUUUAAUCUCUAGGAUAACCCAAUUUGUUUUUGUUUAACUACCUAUUAUUACCUCCUUUAAACUUACUACCGUUUUUGCCAACGUAGAGAAAAAAGCACAUUGCCACGCAAUCGCACGGACGAAACUGCGUUAGAUACACUUUUUUAUAAUCUUUUUAUAUGAUUUCCUGAAACAUAUUACAGCGAAGGGAAAGUACUUGGCUGAGAACAUUUUAACUAUGCAAAUAUAAUUAUCCCAAUAAUCCUACUUUCGUUAGGUAGCCAACUAAAUUAAACUAUUACCUACCCAGUAAAAUGAGCAGAAAAUAAUAAAUGAACGGACCGAUCUAAUGGAUAAUCCGGUAUCGACGUAAUAGAGAGUGGAAAAAAUUAGAAUGCAAACUUCCCCAGUGACAGGCAGGAUCGAGAGAGAGAGAGCGCGCGAGCAACAGUACAGAAGUAAUGGUCGUUAAAAGAAGUGAAUAGUUAUAUACUUGCUGGUAAAGUUUUACUAAAAUGGAAGCUAGAGAUUGAUUUUAUAAUUAUAACCAUCACACUGAA